AUGCAACUACAACAGGAGCUUGCUCUGUCACCUGCUCUGCCACCUACCCUGUCACCUACCCCAGAUCUGCCAUUAUCAGACCGAGCACCAAGGGAUAUCUCUGGAGAUAUUGAUCUCUCAAAUAUUAUCACUGGCAGGCGAUCACGGAGAGCGAAACAAGACCCAGACUACGCAGCAUAUAUAGUCCUGGACGACUCCACCGAACAAGACCCUCCUGAAGUCCUCCACGCGUUCACAGUCAGUCUAAACGAGAGAUUUAACCAGAAAAAGAGACUACACAGAGACAAUCUGCCACCGGAGCCGAGAAAUAUGAAAGAAUUAAGGGUUCACCCUUACGCCAAGGAAUUCCUCACUGCAGCAAGUUACGAAGUCGAGACACUCCGCUGGAAAGAGACAGCAACUGAAGUCCAAAAUCCGACUGAUAAACGCUAUCAAAUCCUACCACUGAAAUGGGUAUUCAACUACAAACUCGACGCAGACGGAUAUCUCGAGAAAUUCAAGGCGAGAGUCUGUGUCAGAGAUCUACAGUGGUUAUCCACAGAGGAAAAGAAGGCAGCGACACUCGCAGUCAAAACAGCAAGAGCUGUACUCUCAAUAAUAGCAGCGUUCGACCUCGAUAUGCGGCAGAGGGACGUGAUCACAGCGUUCCUGGACUUAACUCUACAGACAGCAGUCUAUACAAGGUUACCCCCUGGGUUCGAAAGGGAGGGGUAUUGCUGGCUGCUCCACAAAGCGCUCUAUGGACUACGUCUAUCACCAAGGCUCUGGCAACAAGAGGCAACAAGGGGCCAAGCCAACUACACUCUAUCACGGCUUACGAGCGAAGACUCGGUCACAACAAUGCGACAAGCAUUAUUACCAGACCCGGUCGUGUUUGACGACAGUCGCCAAGCAUGGGCAAACAAUCCUCGAGAAUACACAAAAAGCCUCGAGGAUACACAGAAGAAUGUGGAAGCCAAAGGCAAUGACCUCGAAGAGGCCCAAAAAGCCCUUAUCAAUUAUGAGCGGACGUUCGAGACACAUACAAUUGAGGUGCGGUCAAUUGUGCUGGACAAAUGGGCUGGGAAGCCUAUCAGCAACACCAGAUGGUCUCAGCGGAACGCUGCUGCUCACGGAGGUAGCAUCCUUGCCGACUAUGAUGUGAUCCUCCGGGAGGUUGACCAGCCAGACUCGAGGGUGGACCGGUGGAAGCCGGCGUUUGAAUCUCACUAUCAUGUGUCGUGGGAGUUUCUUUAUGCCCGUGGAGGGCUUGGUUCAACUAGCAAAGAGCUGGUUCGGAUCUUUGAUUAUCUUGCGAAUGUUAGAUCGCUUGAGAAAUGGAAGGACUGGAAAAUUCAGUCCAACCCUAACACAUCUAAGAAGAUGAAAGAUCGUGCUAAAAUUGUUGAAAUCUGUACUAGCUGGAUCGAUAAGUGGGUGAGUGAUACCAUGGACACCAACCCGACAAAGGCUCAGAUGGAGAGACUACGACAGCUCUCCCGAAAGAGCGUGAUAUUGUUUUUAGCUCUACAAAGCUUGCUCUGA